AUGGCCGACACCAACGGUACCAACCCUGGGACUUGUUCCACUUGCAAGAAAGCUUCCCCCGAUCUCAAACGUUGCGCCAAAUGUCACACUGAGCAAUACUGCAACCGCGACUGCCAGAAGGCGCAUUGGAAGACCCACAAGAAAGUGUGCGCCAUGCGUGCGGGCCAAACCCCAAACCCCAGCACCUCCACUCCCGGAAACGCAGCCCUGGCGCCAAAGAACCUUGACACGGCCAUUGCCCAGCCGUUCCACUGCCUUGACGACCAAACCUGGCUUCACGGGCGCUCGGAGCGAGACACGUACAAGCUCCUCAUCGACUCCUACCGCAUCCGCAUGAACGACCAGUACAACAUGGAAGGCGACAUCGACAACGACUGCGUCAUGAGCGGCAACGUGUCCAGCAGCAUCCGCGGCUUCGAGCGGUACCUACGGCUGCUGCACCGACGGGCCCCGAACCUCCUCCCGCCGUGGUGGAACAGUCAGAAGGAGCAGGAGUGCAAGAGCGCUGGCAUGCGGAGCAGUGCGUGGGAGAGCCUCAGCGCUUGCCCUGAGAAGAGCGACUUCAUUGAGCACUAUGGGGACUCGAUGAUGCCGAUGCAGUUGAGGAUGUUCAAUGAAAGUGUGUAUGGCAAUGCGCCUGGUGGGUCCAGCGGCGAGGGCAUGAGGAAGAUGAUGAUGAUGCAGGAAGCGGGCGCCAUCCAAACAUCCCUAUUAACUUAA